CCGGCCGGCUCCCUCCCUCCCUCCCCUGCAGCCCUUCGCCUGCCCUCCCGCCGGCCGCUCCGGGCUCCAGGGGGCCAGAGGCUCUGCGGGGUGGGGGGAGGACAGGAGGGGAGGAGGAGGGAGGGGGACCCCCGAGUCGCCCCCUCUCCUCCCCCCGCCCCCCCGGCUCCAUCCUCCGCCGCCGCCCGAGCAGCUGCGGGGCCGCCGCCGCCGCCUUUGCAGGCUGAGUCAUCACUAGAGAGUGGGAAGGGCAGCAGCAGCAGAGAAUCCAAACCCCAAAGCUGAUAUCACAAAGUACCAUUUCUCCAAGUUGGGGGCUAGAGGGGAGCCAUCAUGAGCGAUGUUACCAUUGUGAAAGAAGGUUGGGUUCAGAAGAGGGGAGAAUAUAUAAAAAACUGGAGGCCAAGAUAUUUCCUUUUGAAGACAGAUGGCUCAUUCAUAGGAUAUAAAGAGAAACCUCAAGAUGUGGAUUUACCUUAUCCGCUCAACAACUUUUCAGUGGCAAAAUGCCAGUUAAUGAAAACAGAACGACCAAAGCCAAACACAUUUAUUAUCAGAUGUCUCCAGUGGACCACUGUUAUAGAGAGGACAUUUCAUGUAGAUACCCCAGAGGAAAGGGAAGAAUGGACAGAAGCUAUUCAGGCAGUAGCAGACAGACUUCAGAGGCAAGAAGAGGAGAGAAUGAACUGUAGUCCAACUUCACAAAUUGAUAAUAUAGGGGAGGAAGAGAUGGAUGCUUCUACAACCCAUCACAAAAGAAAGACAAUGAAUGAUUUUGACUAUUUGAAACUACUAGGAAAAGGCACUUUUGGGAAAGUUAUUUUGGUUCGAGAGAAGGCAAGUGGGAAAUAUUAUGCUAUGAAGAUUCUGAAGAAAGAAGUUAUUAUUGCAAAGCUGUUUUUCCAUUUGUCGAGAGAGCGGGUGUUCUCUGAGGACCGCACACGUUUCUAUGGUGCAGAAAUUGUCUCUGCCUUGGACUAUCUACAUUCCGGAAAGAUUGUGUACCGUGAUCUCAAGUUGGAGAAUUUGAUGCUGGAUAAAGAUGGCCACAUAAAAAUUACAGAUUUUGGACUUUGCAAAGAAGGGAUCACAGAUGCAGCCACCAUGAAGACAUUCUGUGGUACCCCAGAAUAUCUGGCUCCCGAGGUAUUAGAAGAUAAUGACUAUGGCCGAGCUGUGGAUUGGUGGGGCCUAGGAGUUGUGAUGUAUGAAAUGAUGUGUGGGAGGUUACCUUUUUACAACCAGGAUCAUGAGAAACUUUUUGAACUAAUUCUAAUGGAAGACAUUAAAUUUCCACGAACACUCUCUUCAGAUGCAAAAUCAUUGCUUUCAGGGCUCUUGAUAAAGGAUCCAAAUAAACGUCUUGGUGGAGGACCAGAUGAUGCAAAAGAAAUUAUGAGACACAGUUUCUUCUCUGGAGUAAACUGGCAAGAUGUAUACGAUAAAAAGCUUGUACCUCCUUUUAAGCCUCAAGUAACAUCUGAGACAGAUACCAGAUAUUUUGAUGAAGAAUUUACAGCUCAGACUAUUACAAUAACACCACCUGAAAAAUAUGAUGAGGAUGGUAUGGAUUGCAUGGACAACGAGAGGCGGCCGCACUUCCCGCAGUUUUCCUACUCUGCAAGUGGACGCGAAUAAGUCGCUCUCAUUCUGCUACUUCACUGUCAUCUUAGAUUUAUUCCUGAAAAUGGUUCCCGGACACCACACCAGUCCUAGCUCUCAUACACAGCAGCAGCGCCUUCAGACAUCCCAGACCGAUGCAGGGUCUCCACCCCUCACCACCUCUCACCCACACGAGAACACACAUAUACGCAAAUACACUCCACUUUUCGUUUGUGCAUGAAAUUGUAUCUCAGUCUAAGGUCUCAUGCUGUUGCUGCUACUGUCUUAACUACUAUAGCAACUUUAAGAGGUAAUUUUACAAUCUUCGGAAGUCAUGAGCCCACCAUCAUUCACUUGUGCACCGAUUGUCAUCUUUUGAUCUUUUAGUUUUUGUUUUCCCCUAACAGUGAAGGAUAAAUGAGAUACACUGAUUCUAGGUACAUUUUUUUUUUUAACUUUCUAGAAGAGAAAUCAAAAACUAAUUAGACUAAGAAGAUUUAGUUUAUAAUUCAGAACAAGCGAUUGUGGAAGGGUGGUGAUGUGCACGUGCAAGAGUUUAGUAAAGCGUAUCAGAGCAGCGCCUGAAAGUAGGCGUGUGUCAGAUCUGGCUGAGAAUCCCUAGGAAGCAUUUGAGAGAAGGACUGAACAUCUGUUGAGAUCCGUAUAUAUCUCAGUAUAUACAUAUGUAAAUGCCUGUCGGAUACCGCAGAGGAAGCCUGGUAUUAUAUUUGGACGUCCAGAUUUCAUGGGCGGUCAUGGGCAAAUGGACAUGGUUCUACCAAGGAAGGAAGCAAGCAUAUGCACAACAGACGAGCUCACUUAAAGGGUCGAUGAUAGAAUUUGCACCAGAGAGCAUUUUUUUCCCCUGUGCUUGGAAACCUCUUUUCCAUUAUUAAUAUUUAUCGCCUCUGAUGGCUGAAGAAUGUAGACAGAUAUAAUGACCCUGCUUUUCACCAAAAUUUGUACACCAAGGUAAACAGGUGUUUGCCUUCUUGUUUUAAUUUUUACUUUCAGUUCUAUGUGAGUUAGCUUUUUCUCAGAUGUUAAAACUUUGAAUGUCCUUUUAUGAUUUUGUUUAUAUUGCAGUAGUAUUUAUUUUUUAGUGAUGAGAAUUGUAUGUCAUGUUAGCAAAUGCAGCUCCAACUUCACAUCAACUAGACUUACUGCAGUUUAUUUUGACCCACGUGCGAGAAAUGUACACACCGAUGAGAAUCACGCACUUUUUCUCCUCCGUAAAAAAGUUUUGAUGAGGCUCUGAAAUUGUACAUAUUGGUUGGAAUUUGGCUUUGGGAGAAGAGAUACAGUCAUCUAACCCCUUGGCACUAAACAUGAGAAAACCCCCAACUAGCCAUGCCAAGGGGUUAAUGAAACAAAUGGACGUUGCUGUUUGCUCACUUGAGAAUUGAGAUGUUAUGACAGCCCGGCAACAUAAUGGAAUGAAGACAAUUGAGACCCGAAUGAUGAUAAAAAUGAACUUGACUUGGCAAAAUGAACACAUCUUGAGUACUUGCGAAGUAGGCAGUAAAGGAUAAGAACCGGGCGUGUUUAUUCUGAUCAUGGUACAUGAAUCGCUGAAUUAAGCCAUCAGGGAAACAAAACAAAAGAACACCUCCAACUUUUCUUUUCCUGUCUAUACUCAUGUCCCCAGAUCCCACCAUUUCUCACUGAAAGGGGACAUGUAUGCAAACCUCAUCUUCCUCCUUCCUCAGUGACGAUCUUCAGAUGAAACCCUUUGGUGCUAGGAGCUGACAUUUCCCCAAGCAGCCGAUGAAGUCCAGGGCUGGGCGCCUUCCUGCGGCGAGAGGGAGGCUGUCCGCUCCGUGGGGUGACCAUGGAGAUGUAUUUUAGUUACACUAUCCGACAGCUCCCACAUGGAAGACUACAGUAUGACGUAGUGUUCUGAUUGCAUUGUCUGAAAGAGCAAGUGACUUUCUCAGUAGGAUGAGUCCUUCAUAUGCAGAUGUCUUAGCCUCUUGAUGCUGGAAGUGUGGAUUUAUAGACAUGAAACCACUGCUGGCAGUGGGUGGACCACUGGGACCGACGGGGGGUUACAGGGCAUUUUACUAAGGCAGCUAAGACAUAUUCAGACAUAGAUUUUAUCCUAAUUUUUCAUAUCUCUACCCGAGUGAAGUUCAUCCUUAGUAUCGAAUAGGAAGUUAUGGUAGCAAAUGGUAGUUCAUUCUUAAACUUACACGUCGCUCAACUUUUUUUUUUUGUUUGUUUUCCACUUGGAAUUAUGUUGAAUGUUUCACUUUGACAAGAAAGUAGACUAAAAGGUAUGUCUUGUAAGUUGUCUUGCAUUCAUUUUAUAAAAAAGAAACAGGUAAGAGGAAGAGAAGAAAGCUGAGGCUGGCUGAUGGUCACAGCAUUCAUUCCUUUAGGAGGAAAGUGUGACACCAUACACUAAGCACAUCGAUAGCUUUUUUUUUUUCUUCCAUGUCUUAAGGUGAUUUCCAUGACCUUGGCCAAGGACUCAUGCGUCCUAAGGAUUAAUGACAGAGUUGACAGUGCCCCGGGCUGGCCACUCCUCACAGCUGGCUCUCAGUCCCCAGCCAGUGUUGGGGCUCAGUCACUUAUCCCCUCCAGGAUUCCGUUAGUGUCACCAAGGUGUUUUCUUGGCUUAGAUUUUGAGGAACCCUUACUUGCACUCCCAGAUCUCAAUCAGCUGGCAUAGUGGAAUAAUAGAAAAACAGGAAUAGGGGUAGGAGAUAGCUAAAACUUCCCUUGUGUCUGCCCAUAGCUGUAGCUUCGGAUUCUGGCAGAUGGAAAGGCUUAAAACCUGGAAUCAUUUUAUCAGAACACAGUUCAGACAUUGCGGACUCCAUCUUGAACUAAGUGUCAUGAAGUCUGCCCUCUUGUCAUCUUGGAGGAAACUGGCCAUUUCUGCUUGGAGUUUCGGCAUGGUCGCUCACAGCUUUGCUUUCUACACUAAUCACAUAGCAUUAUUCCAGUAUUGUUUUCCAUCGCCCAUACCUGAUUUCUGGCUUCUUAAAGCUGACUGUUCUUGCAGGGGCCACUUGCUUCUCCUAGAGUACAAAAGUAAGGGUCUCCCUUACUAACUGCAGGGUCUCUAUAUUACACCUCAGUGUACACACUUUGCUGCUACUGUUUGUACUGUCUUCAGUAGAAUUUCCUUAUCUUGCUCCUGGUAGUGCAUUACAGGCAAGCAUGAAAUGUAAAGUAUUUAUUUAAAUAAAAAGAAAACCUCUAAAUUGGUAAUUGAAUUACCUCCCUGUAGCUUUAUAGUUUGUGACAUUUCUUGACCUUGCUAGUUCUUUCAUCAGAUCCGCGCAAGAUCUAGUCAUCUGGUUAAGGAUUUUAAGCAGACGCAACUACGAACCCAAGAAACUGUAUUACUAUAACUGUUGGUCAUACGAAAACUGUUUAUUUCCUUAAGUAUAUGACCCACAAGGAUGUGAAAUAACUACAAGAAACUGUUUUUGUACACUGUACAUCCUUAGUAUUUUUACACGUAUAUAAUAGGGGUGCACAUUAUUUUCCUUCGUACAGACAGCUUAAAUAAAGCACUAUGGCAAUCUGCUA